GAGCUGGGGGGGGGCCUGCAAGGUGCUGGAGGCGGAGAGCGGCGGGGCUCCGGCAUCCCCCAGACUCCCACCAAUCAGGUGGUGGGGAGCCCAGCGCCCUCCGACGCCCCCACCCGCCCACUCCCACACGGACGUGCGGGGACAGCCCGCGGGCAGACGUGUGACUCGGCCCGUGGGACCGCACAGCCGGGGCCGCCAGUCUGGGGCAGGACUCAGCGUGUGCAGGCCGGAGGGAGGGGACGGCAAGGCUUGGGCCCCAGUGCGUCCCGGUCUGUGGCCGGGCGCCGUCUGCAGACUCACUGCAGAGCGCAGGCCUCCGGGAGGGAGCGCCCCGCGGGCUGGGCCCCGAUUCUCCGUUCUUGGGACAGCCCCUUCAGUCCACACCCAGCUAGGGACGCCGGGUUAAUGGGCACUUAGACCCGGGAUCUCUGCCUGAGAAGACGGAGGGGGCAGGAUCACCUCCGAGUCAGGCUCAGGGCCACGCUCGGGCCUGGUGAGUUCCAGGCGGCUGGCCCCAGCUCCGUGGCCUCCCUUGCAUCUCCUCCCUGGCUCUAGGGCUCUGCCCCGUUUAUUUCCCACCUAUUCUCCAGAAAGGGUUGAUUUCUGCGCAGGGAGUGUGGCGUCCAGGAGAAUCUGCAGGUAGGACACAUCCUAGAUACCUCUAAGCUGACACACCCAGAGAGACGUGGGGGGCUCUUCUUGCAUUCCUUGCCCUCUCUUCCUCUCCACCUGCUUGUGCUGGUUAUGUAAUUAACCCAGCUGAGGCUCCCCGCCAAGCUGCCAGUGUCCAGGGAUGCCCGAGGGGGCUGGGGCCUGCAGGAAUUUAUGGGGAGGAGGGAACAGUCUUUACCCCAGUGGGAAGCCCAUAGAAGUGGAUAAACACCUGUUGGGGAAAGGACACCACGUGCGGCAGAAAGGAAACCAGGGUCCUAGUCUUAGUUGAUAGCUCAGCUGGCUCUGUGGUCUCCACUUCUCUCAGUCUCUGAUUUUGGGUUUCGGUUUUACCUUCAAUAAAACAGGGAGAAGAGUCUCUCUCUCUCUCUCUCUCUCUCUCUGUCUCAUAUACACACGCAUACACACCACACUGCAUGUAGGUGAGCAACAGUGGAUAAGACCCAUCCUGGGAUUGCUAGGAGUCCCAUUGAAAUUUUACAAGACCUUAGAUGGACAAAGGACCCCUGUACCUAACAGUGGCCACUGUUAAUUGAACACCUACUGUUGUGGGCACUGGGCUAUACUCUCAUGACAUCUCUUUGAUGGCGUCACAACACCCUAUAAAGUGUCUUGCCUAAGGCCACACUUUAGGUGGCAGAGCUGGGAAUCUGACCUUGGUGGGUCUCAUCUCAGACCCUGCCCUGGGUUUUACUAUGCUGUAUGUACACCUACCCCAUGGAUUGGAUUUUCUGAGCCAGGCCAGACUGAAGGCCAUUCAGCUGUGAACUGUGCACAUAUGGAAAGAACAUGCAUCCAAAGAGAAGACACACACGAAAGCGUGGCCCUGUCUGAAUCCAGCAAACCCAUCUGCCCUGGGCCCACGUAGUAGGCACUGUUGUCACCCUCCUGCGAACAGUCCCUGGACAGGAAGUCUCAGGCAUGUACUAGCCUCCCUGGUCACCAUCCCCAACAAAAGGAGAAGGCAGUGGUUAGGAGGUUUUCUUGGAUUAUCUCAGAAAUAGGGGUUAAUUACCCACCUUAUAUAUGCAGAGCAUAGCUCAGAUUGGGCAGGUGGUGGGCCCACUGACCACAGCUAGGAAUCAUCAUAGCUGGGGCUUAUACCUAAACUCUAGAGUCACUCAAACUGAGCGAGCAAGGAGGUGAUGGACCCGCAGCAAAGUCCAACCCUGUGGCAGCCCUUUCCUCGGCACCUGCUGUGUGCCAGGCCCUCUGAGGUCAGGCGAUGAGACACAGCCCUUGGCCUGGAGGCAGUCACCAGCUAGAAUCACUACACUUGGGGGUCAGAGGUACUGCAGUGUUAUAGGAGUCGCUGCUCUUGCCAGCCGUGUCCCUCCCGAGUCUUCUCUCGAGUGGAAAUACCUACUAUCCUUGAGGGAUACUGUAUUGACUGUGGCUAACCACGUGGGAAUGCUAACAUUUUGUGCUCAACAAGUGGUAUGCUUCAGAGCCAAAGUGGUCAUCUGGUCCAGGGUUCUCAACCUGGGGAGGGGGGGGUAUUUGGAAACGAGGUGUUUUUGGUCAUCGUAGUAGUGACCAGACUCUGCUGCUGGCAGGUACCUCCUGGCAGCAGGGAUGUAAAAUAUCCUGCCAGAUAAAGAACUCUCUCCUCAAAAUGCUGGGAGUGCCUCCUUUGAGACACACUGGACUUGGCUCCUCCGCCCCCGCCCAGGGCUCUGUGUGAAAGCUUGAGUUGGAACAAAUCUAGUGUGCUUCCCACUCUGCUCUGCAGCCUGCCUUGGCUGGGGGGUGGGGGUCAGACCUGACGAAAAGUCAGGCCAUAAUACAGGAAAGAGCGAUUCCCACUUUGCGGGGGCAAAGGGGGAGAGGGGAAGGAAAGGAGAAGGGAGGUUGGAGGGACUCUGGACAGCUGGAGCUGGAUGUCCUGGGAAAGGAAAGGCAUGCCAAGGGGGUAGUGACAGCUUCAGCCAAGUCCCCAAGGUGGGGAGGUAUAGGACAGAUCCAGAGAAAAGCAGGCCCACCAAGCCCACCUCUUGUCUCCACAGUCCAGGUGGAGGCCGCAGAGGGCCCAGGGCAAGCAGGGGCAGCAAUGGUGGGUCCUGACGGUGGCUGAGCCCCCAGCCCCUGGAAUAUGCAGCCCAGGGGAGCCCCAGGCAGCGGCGAGGACGCGGUGGCGGAACGGGGCGGGAGGCAUGGUCUCCACCUACCGGGUGGCCGUGCUGGGGGCUCGAGGCGUGGGCAAAAGUGCCAUCGUGCGCCAGUUCCUGUACAACGAGUUCAGCGAGGCCUGCGUGCCCACCACCGCCCGACGCCUCUACCUGCCUGCUGUCGUCAUGAACGGCCACGUGCACGACCUCCAGAUCCUCGACUUCCCGCCCAUCAGCACCUUCCCUGUCAACACGCUGCAGGAGUGGGCAGACGCCUGUUGCAGGGGACUCCGGAGCGUCCACGCCUAUAUCCUGGUCUACGACAUCUGCUGCUUUGACAGCUUUGAGUACGUCAAGACCAUCCGCCAACAGAUCCUAGAGACGAGGGUCAUCGGCACCUCGGAGACGCCCAUCAUCAUCGUGGGCAACAAGCGGGACCUGCAGCGCGGCCGCGUGAUCCCGCGCUGGAACGUGUCGCACCUGGUGCGCAAGACCUGGAAGUGCGGCUACGUGGAGUGCUCGGCCAAGUACAACUGGCACAUCCUGCUGCUCUUCAGCGAGCUGCUCAAGAGCGUCGGCUGCGCCCGCUGCAAGCACGUGCACGCCGCCCUGCGCUUCCAGGGCGCGCUGCGCCGCAACCGCUGCGCCAUCAUGUGACGGCCGGGCAGGGGCGCUCCCCGGGACUGCGGGCUGGCGGGGGCGGGGCGGGGCGGGGAGGGGCGGAGGGCCGGGGAGCCUCCGAUGCCCGCCCACCCCGCCCCGCCCCUCCCCCCGGGGUCCUCCCGGGCGCCGCCCUUCCCUUGGGCUGCAGCUAGCGCAGGGCCCCGAAGGGCAGGGAGAAGGGCAGGGCUCUGCGGCCUAUUGGGACGGUGGGGGGUGGGGGGGCGCGGGGGCGGGGAGGUGCUGCCUUGGUCCCCCCUCCCCCCCCCCCGUGUUCGUGUUCUCCAGAGAGUGUGUCUGUCCCCGUGUCUGUCUGCCCAAGCGUCUGUUGGUCCUUAGCUGUCGGUCUCCUCCACCCUCCGGUCCACCCUCCCGCCCCCAGCUCCGUUCACAGGGCUCUCAUUUCGUUCAUCCCCUCAUCGCAGAUCCUGGCAGCUUCUCUGUGAGGCCAGCCUUUGGACCGUCAACACCACCGGCACAGGGCAGAGAUGUGGGUGGCCCAAGGACCAUCAUCAGGGUCCUAGGGUUGAGGUCCCAGGUCAGUCAGGAGGAGAAGGCUGAGCUCUCCCCCUUCCAGGGAGAUCUCCCCGCCCAGCAGCCCCCAGAGACACAACAACCUACCUUCCAGCCUUAACUCGAUGGUCCGUCCCUGCCGGGUGCCCCUCAUCCCCUUCCUCACCCCACAGCCAGAUCACCCCCCUGGGUUAAAACUUUUUUUUUUUUCUUGACACAAUGUGGAGAGGGAAUCCCCCAAAGGAUAAAUUUAUUUCCACGAUGUCAGGUUCCAGCCCUCUAUUCCCUCCUGCGUUGGGUGGUCUGCAAGAUUAGGGGAUGUUGGGUUUGGGGGGCUGGUGGUGGGCAAGAUGGUGCCCUGGGGUGGGGGGGUGGUUAGGUUGUGCUACUGAACACUCUUAUCUGCCCAUCCCACUCCAAUCUGACUUCCCCAGACCCUGCCUGCCUUGAAUCUCAGAUUUCUCUGAUAAAUCUGAGGAGGGACAGAGCCAGGUAAAGAAUUAUGGGGACCUUUGUGCUUGGGGGAGAUAUGCCCACAUCCCCACCCCUAGAUAGAGGCCCUCAGGAUCUGAUGCCCUCUUGUCCCAACACCAGUUGGCCCUAUGCCCUGACUCACUCCACCCCAUUUUCUCUGGCUGUCUGGCCAGUUUCUACCUCUCGUCACCGGAGCUGAUCACUGUCAGUUUUGUACCGAUUUAGAAAUAACAAAAUCCAUGAAGAUACUAGGAGUGGCCUGAGGGAUUACUGGGGUACUUGGAGGGUGUGAGCAAUGGUGCGGUCCCGUGCCCCCCCCCCCCAACCUGGGCUGAGUUCUCCUUGAGGCUGAGUCCUGGUGUGGUGGGAGGAUAGGAAGGUCCCUUGUUAGAAGAGGGGCAGACAACCAACCAACCCAGCCUUGAUGUAGCCAAGCUGCAGUGUGUAGACCAGAAAAUCAGGUAGCCCAGAGUGGUGAUGGAGCAGAGUCUGGGGAAGGGGGCCAUCGGUAGGGAAUUUAUCCAGAUCCAGUGUGAGAGGAAUCUGAUUCUCCCUUCCACUUCCCCACCUGAUUCUCCCUCCACCCGUGGGGUGUAGCACAGCCCUGCAGUGACUGCCCUGAGCUUGGGCAGUCCAGUAUUCCUGGGUUCUACCCUGCUGUGCUGCAUGACUUUGGGCAAGUGACUCGCCCUCUCUGAGUCUCCCUCUGAAACAGAGGAGGUGGCUCCCCUUCCCCACACCUUGGAGUGGGUGGGAGGGUAAGGAAGAGGGCCUGCCUCCUUUUAUCCCCUGCAUCCCAGCCCCCCUGGUUCACCAGGGGGAUGGAUGGGGUGAGGGAUGGCAGCAUCUCACCUGCCCCCAUCACUGUCACCCCCAGCUGAGGCACCUGAGGUGGGCAUGGGGGACCCAGGCCUCCGGCUGCCCCUUGUGGGAGCCAUUGGAAUGUAUCGCCUGGCCGGCCCCCCUCGCCCCCUGCACUGCACUCCAAGUAUUUGAGUUUGAUUCCUUCCACACCCAUUCUGAGUCUCUGUCCUCCCCACCCCCCCACCCCCCAGGGUUUCCCACCACAGGGGUCUGGAAGUGUGUAUGAUGCCCAUUGCGCUGUGAUCGGAAGUCAGAUUAAAAAUCAGGGAGUGUUUUCCCUUGUUUCUGUACAAGGCAUUGGUUGGCUCCGUUCCUGCCCUGGAAGGGAAAGGACUCCCUACAGGGCCCGCCGGCCUGCUGAGCUCUGCUGCCGACGGACCAGAGGACCGGCAGGGUGAUGAGGUUGCUCUGAGUCCCAGAGCCUGGGGCAGCCAGGAGGCUAAGAGGAGUUUGGGACUCACCUCUCCACCUGGCCCCCUCCCCCUCCAGCCCUCCCACACCGAUCAAAACCAUCCCGAGGGGAAGUGAAAGGCCUCCCCUGCCACUCUGAGGAAAACUUACGUAACUC